CUUCCUAAAGCCUAGUGGCCAUCUGGCAGGGGCUUCUCUCUAGGAAAUUAAUAAAGGGAGGUGGGCGAGGAAGCAGAGGACGGAAAUGAGAAGUGUGGAAAGUCGUCUGCGUGUGGAUGAGUCAGAGGCGGAGGGUCUCCUCUCGCUCUAUAAAGCGCGCGCGGCGAAGGUUGCGGCUCAGCGCUCCAGCCGCCAGUCCUUCGCGCUCGACGGCGCGUCUCUGCAGGACUCCGAGCCGACGGAAGGGCGGGACAAGGCGGCGGCCAAAGGCAGGCGAGGGCGCGCGUUCGCCAUGAGGCUCCGCGGGCUGCUGCCGGUUUUGCUGCUGCUGACGACGACCGAGCUGACCUUCCGGAGCUCCCCGGCGGCCGGAGCCUCGGCAUCCCCCCAAGACGGCGAGUACGCCGUGAAGCUGUGCGGACGAGAGUUAAUCCGCGCCGUCAUCUUCACCUGCGGAGGGUCGCGCUGGAGGAGGGUCGCUGAGCGGACCACGGAGCAGGCACCACUAGACGCCGCCAGGGCGCGCGCUGAGUUUCUUCAAACUAGCACGGACAAAGGACUGGAUAAUGUUAACUUGCAGUCUGUCUUGGAUCCUGAACUGGAGCAACUGCAAAGCAUCAGUCAACAAGCUGGAAAGCCGUCGCUGAAAGACUUUUUAAAUUUAUAUGAUUAUUUUAAUGAAUAUGUUCCUACUUCCAGUGAAUACAAUGAAUACAUCCGUCACUUGGGAGAUGCAGCCCAAGAAAGGAGAAGCGAAACUGGGUUUGCCAAUUCCAUCAGCUCAUAUAACUUUCCUUUGGUCAAACAGCCUAGAAUAAAGCGUGCAACCCCUGUGGGGAUGGCCGGACUGUGCUGUAAUUGGGGAUGUACCAAAACUGAGAUUAGUAGAUUGUGUUAAGAAUACCUUUAUAUAUGCACAUCCAAUUUUUCAGGAACACCCAAAACUCAGUGUUGUUUGCAGUGCUUUUUAACUGAAUACUACCUGUACGAAAAAGAAGAUUGCUGAUUUGUAAUCUAUUUUGUCUCCAAAUUAUUGAUGGUGUCCUGGUUUCCUGUAAAAAAUACAAACCACAUGAAUUGCUAUUAUAAUUAUGUUUUGCACUAAAUGUAUUUGCAUUUUGUUAUGUGUUCAUUUUCCUACUCCAAUUCUUCUAAAAUUAUGCUGAUUUCUGUGCCACAUUCGCCACACUGAAGAGAGAAACCCAACCUUUAAUUAAAGUGUUAUAUAGUCUACAUUCAA